UAUUUUUAAUAUAAAAAACAUGUAUUUUUAGAUCUUUAUUUAUUAAGAAAUAAGAGGAUAAUGGAUUGGGUCCAGAGCGGUGUGACCGUUCGUCCUCCUGUCUAAACCGGCCCUGAUAAAGGUACACCUAUAUACCGGAUAUGAAAGAACCCAAAAGGCAGACUAGUCUGAGCUUGACUCUGAUCCAUCUUGUCCUGUCUUAGCCCAUAAGCGAAUACACAUGAUUUAUGAACACUCAUAGCUAGCUAACCUUGAGUUUUCCUCAAAGUAUUUUAGGACCUGGUUUGGCUAGACUGGUUGGUUUGCUUAUCUACAUUUGAAGGCCGAACAGGUGAGCCUAUUAAUAGAGUGGGCCGUCUAUACAAUACACCACCAGCGGUAUAACCAAAGCCUGAUAAACCGUUAGAUUUAAAUCUUCCAUCGGAUCCUGUCCGUUCAAUUUACACCUUUCCUCACCUACACGUUACUCUACCAUAAUUGAGAACUACAUCGACAGAAAAAAAGAAAAGAAAAAAACUGAAAGAAAAUAAAAGAAGAAGAAGAUUAGGGCUUUCAUUGGAUUUGAGUAAGAGGAAAAAGAGUUCGUGUCUUCAUCUUCUUCUUCUUCACUUGGGUUUCUCUCAUUCCCUGUCCGAGAAGCUUUUUAGAUACUAUCAAGAGGCAUGUCUUCUGAUACUACUGCCAAGGAAAAUGUAUCUGUUGUCGAUUCUUCUUUGACUGAUUGGAAACAAGAUAUAGCAAACUCCGAUGAUCCAGAGAGUUCUUGCUACAGAAGCAAAGGAGAUCGUCAGCCCUCCAAUGCUGAACGAGGUCACUUUCUUGGAAGUAAGAACAAGAGUAAACCAGGGUAUCAAACGAGAUACUUCAUCAUCAAAAGUCUAAACUACGACAAUAUUCAACUCUCGGUUGAGAGAGGGAUAUGGGCUACUCAAGUCAUGAAUGAGCCUAUCUUGGAAGGUGCUUUUCAUAACUCUGGUCGAGUGGUUUUAAUAUUCAGCGUGAACAUGAGCGGAUUCUUCCAAGGGUAUGCAGAGAUGCUGUCUCCUGUGGGUUGGAGACGAGACCACAUAUGGAGUCAGGGAGGUGGUAAGAACAACCCUUGGGGACGCAGCUUUAAAGUGAAAUGGUUGAGGCUGAGUGAGUUGCCUUUUCAGAAAACACUUCAUCUCAAGAAUCCUUUGAAUGAUUACAAACCUGUUAAGAUUAGCCGAGAUUGUCAGGAGUUGCCGGGAGAUAUUGGUGAAGCACUUUGUGAACUCCUUGAUGCCCAUAGCUGCGAUGACGGUUUGCUGAAUAGGUAUAGUUUGGUUCUUAGAUCUCUUUAUAUCUGCUUGUUCUUGAUAUUGGCGUGUGACAGCUCUUCUAGGGAUGAUUACUCAACAAAAAGGUCUCGCGUGGAACCUCCAUCUUCCUCGGGAGACGAAGAGUACAAUAACAAUAUGUGGGGCCAUUACCCUCCUGCGGUCUACUCAAACCAGGAUGACCUCAGCAGAUUCCAUCUUGCACAGCAGGGAGGAUAUGGUGUAGAGCAAGAAAAGUAUUUACAAUUCAACUCAUGGGGUUUGCCUUUGGAGAGCCCUCUAGCGAGUACCCUAACCGAUGAUGAUUUUCUUAACAUGUCUUAUGAAGAAUACGUUGAAAUCCACAGCAGAUGCAUGAGACAACUUGGUCUGCCUGUGAUUCCACAAUCGCGUGCCACACAAGAGCCAUCAAGUAAAACAGAUGAUGGAAGCAAUGGUUCUUCGAAAGACCGGUCAUCAUCAAGAAAGAGAGGACGGGAUUCAUCCUAGUGUUCAAGCUCGAACCUCUACCACUAAGAUUGCAUCAAAAACGCCCAAGAAUUUGUCCAUUUCGUUAGCAUGGUGAUGGAGAAGUUGUCGUCAUGCUGUAUUCAUGUUCAUUUAUUCUGGUGGUUUACAGAAACCAGGAGAGUGUAGCUAACCAGUUUCUUCUUUUUUUUUUUUUUUUUUUUUUGCCAAAACUUGUACAGUUUUUAAUAUGGCAACGCUUAAAGCUUUUGGAAAUCUAAACCCUGAAUUAGGUUUGUGAUUUCGUUUUAAAGAUGAGUUCUCAAGCUGUCAUGGUACAAAGAAACAAAGCAAGAACCUUACUGAUAUAACUUUACGAAAAGAAAACUCCUCUUAUCGGAAAUUGACUCCCUUUGUUCUAAGUUCCUAUGGAAAGGAAAACUGGAUGGCAGUGGGGCCUCCAAAGUUGCUUGGGACAAGGUCUGUGCUCCAAAACAGGAAGGAGGUUUGGGGUUUGAAGAACUGGGUCUCUUGGAACACCGUAUCUGCCAUAAAGCUGAUCUGGCUACUCUUCUUCAAGCAAGACUCUAUUUGGGCUACUUGGUAUCUCACAGAAGUCCUAGAGUGUUUAUCUACACUCUUCUUGUAUGUAACCUAGCCGUGGCAUUUCCCAGUUCGCCGGCAAAGUGUACAGUUCUGAUCUCCCAUUUUGGUGCUGAUUAAAUUAAUAUAUCAUAUUUUAAAAAAAAAACACCAAACAGAAGAACUCCUGGCUUGCUAACUAUUUACUGUUGCACCGUCUUUGAUUGGAUCAAACAAGUUAUAGGAAACGGCGAAACUUGCUAUUUCUGGUCGAGUAACUAGUCACCAUUUGGAAACAUCUCAAAAUACCUUCGAGGCAAAAGCUCUCGCAACACUGGAAUUCCUGCGACGGCGACCUUGGCGGAACUAUGGGAGUUAGGCAAUUAGAGACUACCACCUGCGAGAUCAGAACCACAAGUUAAUAUUCUAUCAUAUCUCGCUACCUUAUCACUCACCAACGACAUAGAUAGGUUAGAAUAUAUGCCUAAUGAAAAAAAAUACGAAUGUCUACUCAACAAAGGCAAUCUAUAACCUGCUGUGUGUGAGGCAACAACGAGUCCCUUGGUGUAAGGAGAUCUGGUUCUCGCAGGGAAUUCCACGUCACAAAUUCUUAUCUUGGUUGUUCGUCCUUGACAGAUGCCCUACCAAAAACAGAAUGGUGGACUGGAGAAUUGACACUGAUCCAACUUGCAUCCUCUGUAAUUCGGAUCUUGAAUCAAGGGACCAUUUGUUCUCCGCUUGCUCUUACUCUUGGGAGGUUUGGCACUCGAUCGCAGGAAGAGCGGGUUUCUUUACACCAAGAGAUUGGAAUGUAUUACUCGGUAAUCUGGAAAGGCUGAAAUCACCGCAACACAUCAGACUACUAACGCUUUUGGCUUGGCAGGCUACUUACUAUCUACUGCAUUUGGGCAGAACGGAACGGUCGACUCCACAUAAACAGAUUCAGACACCCAUCCGCUAUCAUCAAGGAAAUUGAUAAAACCAUCAAGUUAAGGAUUGCGGCAAUUCGAAUUGAAGAUCAACAAUUCUCUUCAUCUUUGUUCCAAGCAUGGCGCCACUGAUUUCUUCUUCACUGCCUCCUAGGGCGAUCUGCAACUCUAUAUCACCCAUCCUCUCUCAAUCCUCUGUCUUGUUUCUGCUAGCUAACUAAUUUGCUUGGGCAAGUAAACUUUUAGUUGGGCUGCUAAUAGCUUCAGGUUUGAUUAUUUGUAAGGCAUUUGCCACUAAACCAGGCUUUGUAAACUUUUUUAUUCUCAUGCAAGUUAGUAGAAUAUAAUUUAGCAAAAAAAGAAAGAAAAACUCAUCUUAUGAUAUAAGAACCUUACUGAUAUAACACAUUGUUCAUAGAUGAGAGAGCUAUAAAAAAUGAAACUCUACAAAAUGAAUCAUUCGUCUUAUGAAUUAAAUAGAAGUCUGUAACAGUAAUGGUUGUAAAUAGGGUGAAAGGAAAACAAAUUUGAAAUUGGAUUUUGGAAUUAAGGUUUGUAGAUUUGGAAUUGGGAUGGACGGGCCAUCACCGUGUUUGAAUCUGAAAGGUGGAGGACAAGAGCUGUGUGACGUCGAUGAUCAAUUUCACACUGGCAAUUUGCUUUGGAUUGGGUAAGGUAUAAAUCUAAUAAGAAUAAAAAUAAUUAGUGUUGAAGUAUCCGUCUUGAUUGCUUUGCUCUUCGAUUGAUCUAACCCAAUCUAUAAUUCUCUCUUUGUUCUCUCUCCCAGGUACUCUCACGUAUGGUCAGUUCGCGACUCCAGUCACUAGUGUGAUUGCUAAGAACAGAGAAAGCUAAAAGAAGAACACAAGACAACCAAGUUUUAGAGGUCUCCUAUGACCUUGGGUAUAUCUCUUUCAGAAUGGUAAAUUAUUAAUUCACUAUCUCUCUUUAUUGUUUUGCACAUAAGCUUUUUCUCUUGUAACAAUGGUGGAUUUGAUUCCGUUACAGAGAAGAAACAAGUCGUUGGAAGAAGAAGAUCAUGUUGUUACGGUCAAACCUUCAACUCGGUAACUGCGGUUUGAGCGGUGCGGCACAAGCGGUUCAACUGCGGUGCGGUUUUAACAGUUAUAAAAACGUAUAGAUAUAUGGUAUAUGUAGAGAUUUUUGUUACUGUUAACUGUGGUGCGGGGCGGGACGGUUGUAAACAUUCGAAGCCAAAUUUCAACAGGAUAAAUGGUUUUUUUUUU